CACACACACACACACACACACACACACACAGGACUCAACCACUGUAAAAAAAUUAAUUCACUGGUACACUUAAAGUGCAAUAACCAACUGUGAAAUAUUUAUGUUUAUUCUCCAUGUGUAUUUUAUUGCUACUGAUCUGAAUAUAGUAUUUAUACUUUUCAAUUCAAACAAAAUACAUCAGUCAACAAGUAUAUGUAUGACUGCACAAACAUUAUGUUAUAAAUGUUAUGUGCAACAAAACAAAUACAUUUGCUGCAUGGUAGCACACAUACAAGAGUUUGAAUAGUUAUGAGCGGCAGAUAUUUGAUAAAAGUACAUGUUUAAGUGUCCGAUUUUCUAAAUGGGAUCAACUUGUAGUGGACACCACUAGAGGGCGCUGUAUCACAAUAAGAAAAGGGGGGUGUUUCUUUUCUCUGCAUUUCAGUUCUGUUCGAUUCUUAUCGUUCAAAUGCUGCAAGCAGAGCAACAACGGACCCGAUAGCAAACAGUCCACCAAAUGCACCACGACUAAUUUAAUUGUCCACUGAAGCGUUUACAGACACACACACACACACACACACACACACACACACACACACAGUACAUUCAUUUUGAACAUGUCACUCAUGUUGCAUUAUUUGGUGGUGUUACAGUGAAAGUUACACCCAUAUGCCAUAUAACAUCGUGUCUACGGGUCACACUUUGGCCCAAACUUAAAUAAAGUCUGCACACACGAAACUGAUCAGAUAAAAAUCAAUUGUUUUUAUUUCCUCUGCGUUUUGACAAACUAUCGUCCUGUGGAUUACACACACACUGACACACGCAGCCUCGACGCCUGCGCGAACCUUUCCUGCAACUUUCCACGCGGCCUUUUUGCUCGGACGCCACGACGUAUACUCUUGGGUUUUUGCGGCGGACACGUUCAUUCGCCGUCCAUUGGGGCUAUUUAAAGCAAAGGAGAGUAAAUCCGCGCUCCCCAGCCUGCAAUCCCUGAGCCACAGUCGGACCAAUGGCAGGGCGGAGGGGGACUUGCCGCAGCCAAUGACAGACGAGCCUGAGCGCAGUCCUGUGGAGUGGACGACGAGGACGACGACGACGACGACUACCACCAUGGACCGCAGCAGUGCCGUGUGCUUUACGGUGCUUCAAACUUUUAGCGUUUAGUUUUCCACGCGGACAAGAAACGGGGAGUGAUGUGGGGGCGGCAGCUCUGAGCGGUCGGUGAUGGGGGAUGUAGAAGGUUCAUACCGGGUCCUGCAGACCCCCGGCACAAGGCUGGGGGCCCAGUUCAACGCCGGCAUCAGCACCCUGGAGCCUGGCCAGAGCCUCAGCGGCAACAUGGUCGUCGGCGGCGGCAAAAGCCACGGACGAGGACUCCAGAUCCGUGUGCAGGGCCUGGACGACUCCCAGGAGUUCUUCGACGUCGACCCAAGAGCUUUUGGACAGGACCUCCUCUCUGACUGUUUCCACAGAGGAAACCUCAUCGAGAGCGAUUACUUUGGCCUCGAGUUCCAGAAUAUGCAGAUGAACUGGGUUUGGCUGGAACCCACAAAACCCAUUGCUAGACAAGUCAGAAGACCAGCGAACACCCUGUUUAGACUGUCGGUGAAAUUCUUUCCUCCAGACCCUGGUCAGCUGCAGGAAGAGUACACCAGGUACUUAUUCUCCCUGCAGAUGAAAAGAGAUCUGAUGGAGAGCAGGUUGAUCUGCACAGAAAACACAGGAGCCCUGCUGGCCUCUCACCUUGUCCAGUCGGAGAUCGGCGACUAUGACGACGUAGCAGACGGAGACUUCCUGAGGAACAACAAGCUGCUGCCUUACCAGGAGAAGGUGCAAGAGAGGAUCAUGGAGCUCCACCGCAGGCACCUGGGUCAGACUCCGGCUGAAUCUGAUUUCCAAAUCCUGGAGAUUGCCCGUAAACUGGAGAUGUAUGGCGUCCGCUUCCACCCAGCAGCGGACCGGGAAGGCACCAAGAUCAAUCUGGCCGUUGCUCAUAUGGGCCUCCAGGUGUUUCAGGGCAACACAAAAAUAAAUACUUUUAAUUGGUCGAAGAUUCGUAAACUGAGCUUCAAAAGAAAACGGUUCCUGAUCAAACUCCACCCAGAGGUUCAUGGGCCCCAUCAGGACACUCUAGAGUUCAUGAUGGCCAGUCGAGACCAAUGUAAGAUCUUUUGGAAGAUCUGUGUGGAGUAUCACUCCUUCUUUCGCCUGUUCGACCAACCCCAACCCAAAUCCAAAACCAUCCUCUUCACCAGAGGCUCUUCCUUCAGAUACAGUGGAAGGACCCAGAAGCAACUUGUGGAUUACGUCAGGGAAAACGGAGCAAAGAGGACACCAUACCAGAGGAGGAACAGCAAAAUAAGAAUGUCUGCUCGUUCCCUCGCGACAGAUGUGCCAAAACAGAGCUUGUCAUUCAAUGAUAGUUUCAGGAUCCCAGGCUCCCCUUCCUCUGCGACAGUGUCCUUCCACCCGGCGCACAUCUCUAGUAUCUUCCCACGGACAGAACACCAACUUCAGCCCCAGCCUUUUCCCACAUUGAGCCAUUCUCCAGCGCAUCCGCAGCAGCAGCAGCCGCAGCCUCAGUUCCCUCUGCAAGCUGCCAGACCCCCCAGCCCAUCGAAGGAAGAACCUGUCAAGGCCGCUUCCCCAUCCCACUACGCUUUUCAAGAUUCGGCCGCAGAGAGCCCCCAGCUCUCACCUUACCACUCCAAGGAUCCCCUCUGCCUGUCGCCAUCCUAUCAGAUGUCCACCCUCAGCCUGCCCGGCCAGGCCCCGUCGCCCCUGCAAAGCCCCAUCCUGAGCGAGGUGGGCAGCAAUGCCAGGCUGGAGGAGGAUGAGGAGGGCAGGAGGAAGCGAUAUCCUACCGAUAAGGCCUACUUCAUUGCCAAAGAGAUUCUGACCACAGAGCGAACGUACCUAAAAGACCUUGAGGUCAUUACUGUGUGGUUCCGCAGCGCUGUGAUCAAAGAGAACGCCAUGCCCGAGGCCCUGAUGACCCUCCUCUUCUCCAACAUCGACCCCAUCUAUGAGUUCCACCGAGGCUUCCUCAAGGAGUUGGACCAGAGGCUGGCUCUCUGGGAGGGUCGUUCCAACGCUCACGCCAAAGGGGACUUCCAGAGGAUCGGCGAUGUGAUGCUGAGGAACAUGUGUGCUCUGAAGGAGUUCACCGGCUACCUGCAGAAGCAUGACGAGGUUCUGACAGAGCUGGAGAAGGCCACCAAGAGGCUGAAGAAGCUGGAGACGGUGUACAAGGAGUUCGAGCUGCAGAAGGUGUGCUACCUGCCCCUCAAUACGUUCCUGCUCAAGCCCAUCCAGCGGCUCAUGCAUUACAAACUCAUCCUGGAGAGACUGUGCAAGCAUUACUCGCCCGCACACCGUGAUCAUGACGACUGCAAGGAGGCUCUGAAGGAAGUGGCGGAGAUAGCCACUCAGCUCCAGAGCAGUCUGAUCCGGCUUGAGAAUUUCCAGAAGCUUACAGAGCUGCAGCGGGACCUGAUCGGUAUAGAGAACUUGACGGCGCCGGGCAGGGAGUUCAUACGAGAGGGCUGUUUAUACAAACUCACCAAGAAGGGGCUGCAGCAGAGAAUGUUUUUCCUGUUCUCAGACAUGCUCCUCUACACAAGUAAAGGCGUCACGGCAACCAAUCAGUUCAAAGUGCACGGCCAGCUUCCCCUCCACGGCAUGAUAGUCGAGGAAAGUGAAAAUGAGUGGUCCGUGCCCCACUGCUUCACCAUCUACUCUGCUCAGAGAACCAUUGUGGUGGCUGCCAGCUCUAGAGUGGAGAUGGGAAAGUGGAUUGAGGAUCUGAACCUGGCCAUUGACAUGUCCAAGAAGUCUCACGAAAAGUCCAGCAUCUUCCUCGACGCCGGACUCAGCGACCGCUCCAACCGCUCGUCCGACGAGGUCUCUCUGGAGCAGGAGUCGGAGGAUGACAUGAACUCCUCCCGGACCUCACUGGACAAGCAGACGCACCAUCGUGCCAACACGACCAUGCAUGUGUGCUGGCACCGCAACACCAGCGUGUCAAUGUCCGAUCACAGUCUGGCUGUGGAGAACCAGCUCUCUGGCUACCUGCUGAGGAAGUUCAAGAACAGCAACGGCUGGCAGAAACUCUGGGUCGUUUUCACCAACUUCUGCUUGUUCUUCUACAAGACUCACCAGGAUGACUUCCCGCUGGCCAGCCUCCCCCUGCUCGGCUACACGGUCAGCACCCCCGAGGAGUGUGACGGCAUUCACAAGGAGUACGUCUUCAAGCUGCAGUUCAAGUCCCACGUUUACUUCUUCCGGGCGGAGAGCGAGUACACCUUUGAAAGAUGGAUGGAGGUGAUCAAGAGCGCAGCCAGCACCGCGGGCCGGAUGAGCCUGCUCAUACCAAGGGGGGGUCCCGCGGAGAUGAACGGAAAAUGAAUGAAGGCGACGCGCAUGUCCGGAGGCUGGGCCUCCGGGGCGUCACAUAAACUCAAUUCAGUCUCUUUUUCGACGCUCGCUGUCAAUCAUCGGUGAACUGAACAUUUGGACAGUUAACGAGUGGAGACUGACAGUACUGCCACUUUCAAAGUGUUAACAUUUCUCAUCUUAACUAAAUCUAAAGGUCUGUGUAUUUGUUUUCUUUUCCCUAUUAAUGGUGUAAAUGAUAACAUUUUGCUCCAGCAUACAGGAUAAAAUGAAAGGGAGACUUGUACAUUAUGAUCAAUGUUUUUUGUUGUUGUUUUUUUUCCAUGUGUAGUGCUCGAUCGGGGCAGUUCAUAUAGACUGACACUACGGGAAAUACUGUUUAAUUAUGGACCAAAUCCGACACAAAGUGCUUAAACUGUUUUCUCCCCCAGCCUGAAACUUUGUCUGGUAACAGCACCGUGCGACAGAAAAACACGUCAUACAGUAUGUGAGAAAAUGAAGGAACAGAACGGGAUGUGCUCUUUGCUUUGGAAGGACUGGGGGGGGGGUCUCUCUUUCUCUCUCUCUCUCUCUCUCUCUGUGUGUGUGUGUGUGUGUGUGUGUGUGUGUGUGUGUGUGUGUGUGUGUGUGUGUGUGUGUGUGUGUGUGUGUGUGUGUGUGUGUGUGUGUGUGUGUGUGUGUGUGUGUGUGUGUGUGUGUGUGUGUGUGUGUGUGUGUGUGUGUGUGUGUGUGUGAGAGAGAGAGAGAUGGGGUGGCGAGCAGAAAGUUAAUGAAAUGUUGAAACGGGUCUGAGACGAGAAGACGUUUUUAUUUCCGGGCGAUUCCGUGGGAAGUUUUGCUACUUUUGAGACAAAGACGCACACGAUAUUGGCUUCAGACAUUGGAAAAGGGAAUAUUUCGCAGGGUGUCGAGCAUCAGCCUGUAUGAAGUGUCGUCAGAGUGUUUAUUUCUCAAACUGAAGCCAGUCCAAGGGGCUUAAUUUGAUGUUUCAGAUGCUCAGAGUGACGCUGUUCUUCUUAAAGGCUCCUGAUUAGUUAGGCAGCGUUAUUGCCAGUUUGGUGCUACGUAAGUUAAUAUCACAUAUAAUCAUUUAUCCUGUUGAUAUUUUUGCAUAGGGGUAACAACUCGAGGACAUGCUGUGCUUGUAGUUGUUCUAGAGUUUACUCUGGAAGAGUUUUUUUUUCCCCUCUUUAAAUCAGAAGAACAUAUUUCGAAGAAAUUGUCACUUGGUGAUUGUGUCUUUCGGGAGCCGACCCAUGGGAAAACCGUGGACACUUCCUGUCGGUCAUUUAGCGUGCUACGUGCAGCCGUGGUAUUAUUUGGUAAAUAUUUUUUUUAUGAAGACUGGAACCUUUACGCUCUGUGUGCGUGUGUAUUAUGUGUGUGCGUGUGUGUGCAGAAAAGCCAACUGUGUAGUCUCCCCCCCCCUCCGCCUCCGGAGCUGUAACACACAGCGACCUCAGAGGUCACCUCCCAUAUCUGACUUUCUGUGUGUGUGUAUGUGUGUGUAAGAGACCGACUCUGUUGCACAGUUAACAAUUUGAGUAUGUUACUCCGUAUUUAUUGUUUAGCAUGUCGUCAGGUUCAUGCCCUCGUGUAGUCUUUGUGUUAUACCAUUGGGAAAAACUAACAAAUAAAAGAUAAUUUCAGUGAA